UUAGACGCUUCCGUGUCUUUGUAUCUUGUCUGUCUUGUCGCUACAGAUUGCUUAUAGCGAAACAUAAAUGUGUUUGUCUUGCUGCAAUGUUUCGUAAAGCGAAGCGCAAAAGAGAAUGGAUAAAACGGCCGGAUGACGAAACUAUUUCGAAUGGACUCGCAACGGUCGACGAACAACGACAGGUUGGAGAUGCUGAUAUGACCGACUGGUUGCUUAGCGGAGUAGCCAUACUGACGGGAGGCAGGGAUCACGACCAUCGUCCUAUCAUUGAGUGUCAGGCACGUGUACUUGACGAAAAGGUGAUUAGUGAUGAAUCAAUGAAGGGAGGACUGUACUAUCUCAUGACAGUUCCAGAAGAGGAAGAUCAACUGCAAGGAUUUUUAUGCAUUUUGGAUGGUCGAGAUGCCACAGACUUUGCAGUCAGUCGCUUUCUUAAAGUACUACUACAAGUUUAUAAGAAUGGCGUGAAAAGAAUCUUUAGAAUUGUAGUUUUAGCCUCUGAGGAGCGGGCACAGCUGCAGGAUUUUAUUAUACAGCUGCAACUAGACGAUGAAAUACUAGCACCGUUGUGUCAGGGUUUCAAUGUGUCGUUCUUGCAAAGAUUUGUUGGCAAAGCUCAACUCACCGAACAACUGGAUGGUUCUCUCUGCUUUGACUGCGAACUGUGGGUGAAAGCAAAGUCUGCUGUUGAUAGCUAUGUAAACAACUGCCACUCAUUUGCUCAACAGUUAGAGGCGAUGUUAAAUUUGUGGAGACAUUUGCCAACUGAUUCUGUUCAUGACCAAGCUAGAGAACUGCUGAAUAGAGUUGAUGGUUUUCUAGAGCAUGGUCGACUGAUUACCGAUCGCCAGGCCAAUCCAUCUGGUAACUGGUCUAUGUUGUCAUGGUCUCCAGAGUACCAGGUCUGGAUGCAGCAUAUCAGUGAAUUAUGUGAACAUCUGGUCACAUUGAAGUCAUCAGCACAACUCCCCUCAUUUGCAAAGCCGGAAGUGGAUGUGGCAACGGGGGAAGUUAACAAGUUGAAGGAAGAGAAUACGAUUGACUCGGCUUUGGCCUUCAUGGACUUGGCUGAAGAAGAAUAUUUGGAUUCCUCUUCUGGACAGGAUCUACAUCGAAGGACAUCUCUGGAAAGUGAACUUGAAGCCUUACAAACAACAGCGAGGGAUGUAUGUAAUGAGGCCAGGCAUUCAGCAAGCAACAUACUGAUGUCAGCAUUUACCAGUCGAAAUGCAAAGGAAAAAUCUGUUCGUCUACAGGAGAGGAUUGACUCAUUUCUUACUAGAAUACAGGAAAAGAAAGAUCAACUUGUAGUUGAACAACGAGUGAACAGUCUUAUUGACAAGGCAAUUUACUGGUCUGUGAAGUCUCGGAAAAUGAUGACACUUCAUCGUGCUGAUUCAUCUGCUCGAAGUCUGGAGUUAGGUCACAUGGUCAAAGACUGCCAAAAGGUUUAUAGGUCGUCUCGCAGACCAACAAUGGACGACAGACUGGCAUUGCAAACGCUAGCAAAGAAAGUGAAAGACAAAGACCCAGGAGCUUUUACUUUGGCACAGGAAGCAAUAGUUGCAAGCGAAGAGGCUGAUCAGCUGCUUGAAGAUCAUAUGCAACAUCUGAAAGCACUACAGCAUGGUGAAUAUAAUGUUGAGGUUCCUGAGCUUGUGUCAUUUCAAGAUGCCAUCAAUGGCAGUAGCUUUGACAGUAUUGAUAAUGAUUAUCAAAGCAUACCAGAUGUCGGCAGACUUGAAGAUGAAAUGGAUGUUCCUGCAGGAGAAUGUACAACAGCAGAAUCUGCAAAUGAGACAAAGACCAACUUGCCUGUACUGGAUUUUGGUAAUCCACAAGUGAUGGAAAUUACUACUGACAUUACUUCACCAGGCAGUAUUGAUCAAAAUUCUAGUUAUUAUUCAUGUGAACAGAGUGUAUAUAACUGCAUGUCAUCCAGUCACAGUGAAGGUGGGUACGGAACAGUUCAGACUGUAGAGAACCAGGACUCUGCUACUACGUGUACUACCACGGAGACCGAAUCAAAGGCUGUAGAAACAACAACCUCAAAUCCUAUUUCAGCAGUGCUUCCUGAGAAGCGAAAAUCUGUUAGGAAUGAUCUGCAUAUAAUGCUGGAGCUGGUUAAUACAGAGGAGAAAUAUGUGAGUGAUCUUCAACAUGUGUGUAAACACUAUCUGACUGCGUACAGAAAUAGUAGCAACCUUCCAUUUUGCUUGAAAGGAAGGGAGAAUGAACUCUUUGGAAAUAUUGAGAAACUUCUGGUUUUCCACAGAGAUACGUUGUUGCCAAAGCUACAAGCAAUAGUGGAGUGUCCAUGGAUGGUGGGCAUGUGUUUGACUAACUAUGUUGAUGAAUUUGGUCUGUAUUCACUAUACUUUAAGCAUACUAAGAGACGGGAAGAACUUCUUGAAAUUACAAGCACUAAGGAUUUCUUUAACGCAUAUCGGUCACAACUGGGUGACAUGAUGUCUAUUCAAGACUAUCUCUCCAGACCAUUCCAAAGACUGACAAGAUACAGGCAGCUGCUAGAGGGACUGAGUCGUUUCAAGUACUCUGGCCCAGAAUGGAGUGAAGAUGCAAAUCAUGCUUUAGGGCUUGCAUUGCGACAAAUUAAAUUUCAGCUACGCCAUGGGAAUGAUCUUCAAGUACUGGAAUUGCUUAGGGACUUUCCAGGCAGUCUUAUGGAACAGGGAAAUCUACUUCUACAAGAUGACUUUGUGAUUAUUGAUAGACAAAAGCGCAAGCACUUUCGACGAUUGUUUUUGUUUGAAGACAUGAUUAUGUUCACUAAGGAGCAAUUUGAUGCAGGAUUAACAGUUUUCAAGUUCAAGGAUGGAUGGAAGACCACUGAGCUUGGACUGACUGCAAAUGUGCGAUGUUAUCCCAGAACAUUUUUGAUCUGGUUUCGAAAACAGACGGCGAAGACAACUAUUACGUUAGAGGCUGCAACCGAAGAAAUUAAAAUGGAAUGGGUUCAAGAAGUUAACUACCUAUUAUACGAGCAGGCUUUGAAAUUUAGAGAACGAUAUGGGCAAGUUGUUGUGUACUCGGGUGUACGAAGUCAUAGCUUAUUUGGUGGUGGCAGACCUAUGAGUACACUUAGCAUGAUUUCAAGCUCAAUGACAAGAGUCAAGAAUGUGACUACUAUGUAAAUAUGUUACUAUACUGUAGCUAUAUGGUGCUACCAUUGAUUUGAAAUUGUAGUACAACGAAUUGUUAUUGUGUCUAUAUGGAACACAUCGAAAUUGAAUAGGCAGUUGACUUGUUGUUACAAACUGCUAUGUUACUAUCUGUGGUCACUAUAAAGUGUGAGUAAUAAAUGACAAAUUGGAA